UGUUGAGAGACAGAGAUGCGGAACCUUUUGGACAAAGACAUGUUUUCCAAGUCUGACCCACUGUGCGUCAUGUAUACUCAAGGGAUGGAGAACAAGCAGUGGAGGGAGUACGGACGCACCGAGGUCAUCGACAACACUCUCAACCCCGACUUCGUGCGCAAAUUCAUUGUGGAUUACUUCUUCGAGGAGAAGCAGAACCUCCGUUUCGACCUAUACGACGUUGACUCGAAGAGCCCUGACUUAUCCAAACACGAUUUCCUGGGCCAGGCCUUCUGCACCCUCGGAGAGAUUGUGGGGUCCCCCGGGAGCCGCCUGGAGAAGCCCCUCACGAUAGGAGCGUUUAGCCUGAACUCCAGGACGGGCAAACCCAUGCCGGCUGUGUCCAGCGGAAGUGGUCUUUGGAUGGAAAGUUUGAGAACCACUGGCCUGGAAGCCUCUGGGUGA